UAAUUCGUCCAAAAUUCGAUCCCCUCGCCGGCCUCGCCCCUGCUGAGAUUGGAGAGGAAGUGGGAAGGCUCCAAUCAGUCCCUCACUCCCGCGCCCUCAUGCCCCCACCCUUCUCAGCUCGGAGCUCCGGUGCGCCGGGUCCCAGCUCCUCGCCUCCGGAGGGGAGCGGCCAGAGCCAACAUGCUGGAGGGGAAAGGCAAAAAUUUGCGGGCCGCUUGAGCCAGCCAGACACAUCCACCGAGCCCUCAGCUUGCUGCGAGCCACUCAGCCCCGAGCCAGGCCCUAGGGUAGCCCCGGAGACCGUGGUGGCCGGAUGCGGGGGUGCGUCACUUCCGGGCGGUGCAGCGGCGGCGGCUUGGAAGAUGGCUGCGCCCUGUGGCUCGGAGCUGCCCGCCAACUCGCCGCUAAAAAUUCCGAAGAUGGAGGUGCUUUCCCCGGCUUCUCCUGGCGAUCUGAGCGACGGGAACCCAUCACUGUCCGACCCUUCCACGCCUCGGGGAGCCUCACCUCUCGGGCCGGGCAGCGCGGCGGGCUCGGGGGCCGCGGCGUCCGGGGGUCUUGGGCUGGGGCUGGGGGGCCGCAGCGCUGCCUCGUCCUCGGUCUCCUUCUCGCCCGGCGGCGGCAGUGGCGGGGCUGCGGCGGCCGCUGCCGCCGCCUGCCGGGGCAUGUCGUGGACGCCGGCAGAGACGAACGCGCUCAUCGCUGUGUGGGGCAACGAGCGGCUGGUGGAGGCGCGGUACCAGCAGCUGGAGGGAGCCGGCACGGUAUUCGGCAGCAAGGCCCCUGGGCCGGCCAUGUACGAGCGCGUGUCCCGGGCCCUGGCCGAGCUGGGCUACGAGCGGACCCCGUCCCAAUGCCGGGAGCGCAUCAAGGAUUUUCAAACUGUGCUAUCAAAACCUUGCUGAAUGUAAAUCUCUCCAUAAAAUUGUUUCUCAAACAACCAGGGAAUAUCUAGUUGGAAUGCUUCAUUGUCCAGUUUUGAGAAGGAAAUCUAAAGCAAAGAAAGGAGAUUGAGCCUCUGAAGAAUUUAGAGGAUCAGUUUACCUGUUUUCAGACAGGUAAGACCAAGUUGACCUCAAACUUUUAGUCUUUUGAGAUUAUGAGAUGAUGGUGGGUUCUCUGAUACACCUUAGAAGCUAACAGACAAGGAGGGCUAUAAAUGUUUGUUUUUGUGAAAUGCUUGACUCACAAUGAUCUGGAUCAAGAAACUUGACUCUUGUUAAUGCUACUUCCUGCCAGAAUUAAAAAGUAAGGACAAGUUCUGGUCUGUCUUGUCCCUAGACAAAUCGGCAUUCAGUAGGCACUAAAUAAAUACUUCGUUCAUCUAAGAAAGUUUAGAAAGAAUUUUGGAAGGUAUCCUUUUUUCUUUUUCACUUUUUGUUGCUGUGAUAAAACACUGACCAAGGCCAGUGUGGAGAGGAAAGGGUUUGUUUGGCUAACAGCUUAUAGCCUAUUAUUUAGGGAAGCCACAUAUCUUAGUUUACUACUGCUGGGGAGAGACACCAUGACUGAGGCAACUAUUAAAGACAGCAUUCAAUUGCAGGCUUGUUUACAGUUUCAGAGGGUGAGCCUUGGUCCAAGACCAUCAUGCUGGCCCAAGCCUAGAGGCAGGCAUGGUGCUGGAGCAGUAGCAAAGAGUCCUCGAACCUGAUUCUCAAGCAGGAUGCAGAGAGGAAGAGAUUAGGGGGCUGGAGAGAUGGCUCAGCAGUUAAGAGCACCCGACUGCUCUUUCAGAGGUCAUGAGUUCAAUUCCCAGCAACCACAUGGUGGCUCACAACCAUCUGUAAAGAGAUCCGAUGCCCUCUUCUGGUGUAUCUGAAGACAGCUACAGUGUACUUAUAUAUAUAUAAUAAAUAAAAAAAAAAAAAAAAAGAGCUUUUGAAAUCUCAAAGUUUAACCCCCGAGGGAUACAUCUCAUUCCUCAAGGCUCUACAUACUUUCUAAUCCUUUCCCAAACACCAACUAGGGACCAAGCAAGCAUUUAAAUAUAUGAGUCUGUGAAGGCCAUUUUAAUUCAAACAGUCUCACCAGGCGGGAGUUCAAGGAAGGAAUCUGUAGGUAGGAACUGAAGCAGAGACCACAUAGGAACACCACAUACUGGCUUGCUUGCCUUGGCUUGCUCUGCUACCGUUCUUUCAUACUCCAGGCAUGCUCCCAGGGAUGGACCCGGGCCUGCCUAUAUCGAUUAGCAAUUAAGAGAAUGCCUUACUGUCAAGGCCACAACUAGUCUGAUAGAGGCAUUUCCUCUACUGAGUUUUCCUCUUCCCAGGUAUGUAUCUAGGGUUUGUGUCAAGUUGAUACAAACUGUGACUGAAUGUAUAAAAGUUUAUAGUAGUGUUAUUAAAAAUUAAAAAAAAUACAGACUUUGGGACCCAAGUUCAAAAAUACUGCUUUAAAGCUAAGUCUCAGAAGGCUGUGGAGCUAGCUCUGUGGUAGAGUGCUUGCCUGUUUUCUAUAAGGCCUUGGAGUCAAUCCCCAGCACUGGGGACAAAUAAAAAAAAAACAUGUUAAUGAAAAUUUCCCCAGCUCUGUCCUUUUAGAAAACUGUAAAUGUGAUCUUUAGCACAGAAGCAAGUGCAGUCACUGAAAACAGAGUCAUGAGGUAGCUGCCCAGGGAAUAGAGAUUAUACUCAGGAAAAGUACAACCUUAAGUUGUUACAAUCUUUGACCUAAAAGCAAAUCUUUAGGUCCCAGGUUUUUUUUUUGUUUUUUUGUUUUUUUUUGUUUUUUUUGUUUUUUUUGUUUUUUUGGUUCUUUUUUUUUCGGAGCUGGGGACCGAACCCAGGGCCUUGCGCUUCCUAGGCAAGCGCUCUACCACUGAGCUAAAUCCCCAACCCGCUAGGUCCCAGUUUUUAGAAGUGGCAGCUUAGAACAGUAAUUUGGAAGCCUCAUGUCACCAUUGAUGAGAAAUGCAAAAAAGAAAUUCGGGGGCUGGAGAGCCAACUCAGAGGGCAGUUUACAGCUGCCUGCAAUUCUACCUCCAGGGAAUCUAAUGCCCUUUCUGACUUCUAGGCACCCAUAGAAACAUGGAAGGCUGGUGUACACAUGUAUUUCAUAGGCCUGCACUCAUGCACAUGUAUAAAGCAAUUCUGAAGAAAAAAAUCAGUCAGAAUGAAGACCAGAAAGUUUUUUUUUUGUUUUUUUUUUUUAAUAAAGAUUUUUCUAUCUUUUUCGGGGGUGGAAGUGGGAGGUUUGGAGACGGGGUUUCUCUGUGUAGCCCUGGCUGUCCUGGAACUUGUUCGAUAGACCAGACUAGUUUUGAACUCAGAGAUCUGCUUGCCUCUGCUUCCAGAAUGCUGGGAUGAAAGGAUGGGAUUAAAGCUGUCGCCACCUGGCUGUUUUGGCUAUUUAUUUUAUCUUAAGUGAGUGUUUUGCCUACAAGUGUGUGAGUACACCAUGCGGGUGUCUGGUGCAUGCAGAGGUCAGAUGAAAGCAUUUGAUCCCCUGGACCUGGAGUUCUGGAUGAUUGUGAGCUAUCAAGUGGGUGGGUGCUGGGAACUGAACCCUGGGUCCACAGCAAGAGCAGCAAGUGCUUAUUGCUGUCAUCUUACUACUUACCAUCUCUCCAGUCCCCAAGCCAGGACAUGCUUGUGUAGAGCAGUGUAGCUUAUUUAAAUAUAUGCUCAGGGAUAGGAUGUCAGUGUUAAGCAUGUGGUCAGUAUAUGGAAUUGCCCUGGGUUCAAUUCUCAGCAUUGCAGAGCAAACCGAACACCUUAACAGGAUGUAGGCAGUACUGCAUAUACUGCCCAAUCUAUUGCUAAUGUGCAGUGUUCAUUCAUAGUAUCCACAUGUAGGCUCACAAACUUCUCAUUCCAGGAAAUCUGGUGUCCUCCUCUGGCUCCCCGGGGCACCAGCUACACAGUGAUAAUAGGGCAUAUAUGCAUGGAGGCAAAAUACAUGGACAUAUUAAACAGGGGUGUGGGGUGUAGAUAGAGACACAUACCAGUACACUUUUCACUUUUUUGAGUUAGGGUUUCAUGUAGUAUAGGCUGGCUUUGAACUUGAUACGCAGUUGAGGCUGGUCAUAAACUUCUGACAAGGUACAAGAGGUUGUACCUUGUGAGUACUGGCAUUAUAGGAAAGUGCCACCAUGCUCACCUCUAAAAUUAAUUUUGUCUUGAUUUGAAAAGAUGAGUAGUGAUGAGUUUUUCCAUUUAGAUGGUCUCUAAAAUGGAGUAAGUGGCCUUCCUCCUAAGGCACUGGAAAGCUGACUCCUGUCAGCCCCUCACCCAACCGCCUGUCUUAAAGCACAUCACUUCUCUGGACUGUACUUGUUACUUAUAAAACAAAAUAUUAAGAUUAAUAUUAAUAACGCUUGGGUUUUGUUACCGAAGUUCAACUUUUUAAUAUUGUUCAUAACUAUGUUUCUAAGCUACAAUGUUUUACUUGAAAAUCAGACACAAACAUUGUUUAGAGUUUCAUUUGGUGUCUGCCAUGAUGCUGGCAUUUGUUCUGUCUUUGGGAUAAAUAGAUGUGUUUAAAACUGCUGUACCACACAGAUUGUUUAUUCUGAAAUUUUCUUGUGUUUUUGUUUGCCAGAAGAAAAUGUGUUUGCUAACUAUUCCAGCUCAACUUUGGAGUCAGAUAAACAAAGAAAGAGGGGCUAUCCCCCUUUUUCUUUUAGUGUUGUUUUGUGUACAUCAUAUGAUUUUUUUCCCUUAUGAAACUUUUCUUCACAUGUUCACCUACCAAGUGAACCGUGAGUGCUUGUUAUUUGUGGGGCUGUCUGCUAGACAGACGAUGGUAGAAUGCAAACCCCUCUUCAGUGUGGACCCUGUAAUGUUGCAAACCCCUGUUCAAUCAGGACCCUGUAAUGUUGUGAGCACCUUUACUCAGCUGCAGCUCCUACGCACGGGAGAGUUGAGAAGAGCAUGAGACAACUCCAGUGAUCGUAUGCAGCGCAGUACUUGAUAAAGUGGCAUAGGAGUAAAGCAGAUUGUAAGUGAUAACUUCAAAGGGGAGCCCUCAGUAGCUGAACGAUCUGUCUUGAUUUAGGAUUCAUGAAAGCAUUCACUUCUGAGCCAGAUGCCACAUUCACACUUCAGUCAGUUAAUCUGAUGCACUGAAAACUUCAUUCUCAAGUCACAUAUUUAUGGGUAUUUGCCAAAAAUUUGCCUCUUGAGAGUUGGCUUUAUGUUUCUGAACAGAUGUAUAUGUCUAGCUUUGCCUGAAGUUGAAGGGCAAGGUAUUGUGUGUGACCUAACAAACUUGCCUUCACUGUGUCUGUUCCAGACUGGUUAGCUAUCAGCAUCUGUCUAGCACACAGAGCGAUUUUGUUGGGACACUGCUUGCAUUUGGUCAUCAGGUGUCAUUAUGUUGGAAUUACAUUUGUCAUUUAGCACCCACAUUACAGCACAAUGUAUUUAUUUUAGCUUUCUGUUUGUGAGAACCAAUAGAUCGGAAAUAGUUGGAGCCAAAAGAUGCCUUUCUCCUUGUACAAGCCUUUUAAUGGACUGCCCAUCCCUGAGGAUUUUCCUUUGGUGUUUGUAGAUAAGACUUUUCUUCUUUGUGUUGAAAGAUUUCCGAGAAAUGUUGUAAGCCACAUAAGUAGACCAGUGAGGUCUUUCUCACUUGUUACAUAUUCCGGUUCUCUUGUCUUCAUCUUACUGUCACUGGAGAGCAUGUUUAUUACUUGAAAGUUAAGUGCUUGGCGUUGGGAGUGUGAUUAACACUUAUAGCAUUGUAAGGCCUUGGGUUCUAUCCACAGCACUGUUAGAAACAAAAACAACCCAGAAAAUCUGUGUUCUUUCAGUAGAGUAUGGUGGCAAAAACCGAUAAUCCCAACAUUAGGGAGAUUGAGCAAAAGGUUAAACGCCACCUGGCUCUAUCAGGUCAAGGUUAUCCUGGUUAUCAGAGCUCGGUCUCACUUGGGCUUUCAGCUUUAAAGAUACAAGAAGCUCCCACUAAAACUGUGAGUGAAUGAGACUCUCAAUUGUUUCUUGGCCUUUUUUUUUUUUUUUUUUGAAUUUAAAGUUACUGAAGAAUGUAUCUGGGUCUGGUGGCUUACAUUUGUAAUUCCAGCACUCAUGAGGCAGAGGCAGGAGGAUUGCAAAUUCAAGGUUGGCAUGUGCUGCAUUGAAAAGUGCCAAGCAAAUCUGGGAUACAAAGAGAGACUCUGUAUUACUGUUUCUCUUGCUGUAACAAAAUGUUGUACAAAUCAGCUUGUGGAAGGAAGGGUAUGUGUUGGCCACAGUUUGCAGAUGCAGUCCAUGUGUCAGGGAAGUCAUGGCAGCAGGCGCUGCAGGCAGCUGUGAAGGAAGAAGAUACUAUCUUCACAGUAAGGGAGCAGAGAGAGGAAUGCUGUUGUUCAGCUUACCAUCUGGCUUUUAUUCAGCCUGAGACCUCAUCCCAUUGGAGAACAGCAUGUAGCAUGUAGUUGACCUCAGACCUCUUUGGAAACACUCUUGCAGAUACAUCUAUAGUUGUGUUUCUAUCAGUGAGUCUAAAUUUGGUCUUAACCAUCACAAAAUACAAACAAGAAAAGGAAGAGAAAAACAUUUAGAAAGUGUAAGGAUAUAGCUGGGCAUAUAGCUGUGGAAGAAAUACUUGCCUGACAUGGGUAAGCAUUGGGUUCCUUCCCCAGGACAGCAGAGGGCAGGGUAGAACAGUAGAGUCUCAACAAUUGGGAGGUGGGGGCAGGAUGAUCAGGAGCUCAAGGUCAUUUAUUCUUGGCCAUAUAGAGAAGUUGGCUUGGGUUACAUCAGUGCCUGUCUAAAAACCCAAAAAAGGAAAAAUACGAAACAAGCCAUGUAGUAUAAACAUUGCCAUCCAAUAAAAUUUAUGUAAUGAUGGGAAUGUUUGUAACUCUUAGUUCAGUGUGAUUGCUACCAGGUACAUGUGACUACUAGCCCUCAGAAUGUGACUAGUGUGCCCAAGCAACUGCAUUUUAAAUUAUAUUUAGUUCCAAUUAAGUUACUUCAAACUUUUAAAUAGCCACUUUAAAAUGGCUACUAUGUUGAAUGUUGUGGAGUAUUAAAGCACUCUUUAAAACGAUUCUUUUGGCCAAGCUCAAGACCUCUAAGGGAGGUCAGAAUUCUUUUCAUUUGUCAUACCAUUCUAUUUCUCUACAGGGACAGCUUUGAAGUGGUUCUCUGGUCGAAGUGGUGGAGAGUUUAGGCCAAGAACUAAAAGUAUUCUAAGCUGACUGGGACAAGUAUUAAGUUCUUGUUUUUUUUUUUGUUUUUUUUUUUUUUUUGGCACAUAAGGUCCAGGAGGCCUUUCUGUGACGUAAUAGGCUUUGUAUCUGCACAGCCACAGGUGCUGUGAGUAACUGGAAUGGUACCAGAGGGACUACAGCUGGGUUUUGUUUUAAUUUAACUUAAAGUGGAUAGCUGCAUGUCUCUGUGCUGUUGUAUUGGCCAGAGCAACUCUGAAAUUAAUGGUCUUCAAGCUUUUCUGCUGUGUAGUCCCCAGAGACUUUGGAAUUCAUGUACCCUCUAAAACAUUUUUAGGUAAGUAGUAAAAAUGUAAAUUAGGGGCUGGAGAAAUGGCUCAGCAGUUAGGAACAUUUGUUGUGCUAAUAAAGGACCCCGGAUUAGUUUCCAACAACCACAUAGUGGCUCACAGCUAUUCUGUAGCUCCAGUUUCAGGGAUUUUGAUACCCUCUCUGACUCCAUGGGCACGGGUAAGAACGUGGUGCACAUACAUACAUAAAUCUAAAAACAUUUAAAGUUUUAUACGAAUUACUAGGAUAUAUAAAAUACCCUGGUUUGGGAUGAGUAAGACAAAAAUGGGUGUAAAAUUUAUGAAUAAUGUACUCUGAAUCUGAGACUCCUUGUAAUAUCCUUGUUGGUGUUGGCUGACUUAGGGAGUAGGAGAUAAUUCUCAUUACAUUUGAAGGGCGCAAUGUCUCAGACCCAUCGUUGCUUUGGUCAUUCCAAAUUCAUAGGUUAAACUUGAUUCCUAAAAAAUAGCAUGGAUUACCCCAAUCUUCAAGGAUUUUAGGUCCCUGAUCAGUCAGCAGAGGAAAUACGUAGCCCUGGUUAUCUUUUGGAUAUCUUUCUUACUAAUACACUGGGACUCAAUCCUUGAGAUCCAGGCUUUCUUUAAGUAAUAAGGUCUGAAAUAGAGACGUUAAAGCUUCAUUACUUACAGUAGUUGAGAGGUACAGUGGUGAGCCUUUACCUGAAGGAGAUAGACGCUGAAGAACUAGUUGCUCUGUAGUGAAGUUUGUGUGGUUGUGUUGCUGUUGAUACCAAGUUCGUUGGGCACUAUGGUUGUGCUUCAGGAGCAUGUUACCCUCGGCUCCCAGGCUUUACCUGAGGGUAGCAUGAAGUUUAGUUGGGCAGAAGGCAGUAGAGCAGAUGAGUUGUUGGUGUGGAGCUCAGGAGCAGUGUAACCCGGAUUCUUCUAAAUAGUGAAAUUGUUCCAAAAAUUUUAAGUGAUUUAAAAAGCAGUGCCUUUUAAUUGAACAAUUUGCUGUGUAGUAUAUGGUGAAGGUGUGGUUUAGAAUCGGUGCAUGAUUGCUUGGUAGUGUCAUAGAGAACCAUCUGAGCGUAAACUGGUAGUUUCAGGAUGGCAUUUGAGUGAAUGUGCCAGUUCUAGGUUACGUAUUUGAUUAUUAGCAUAUUUUUGUAUUGAACUGUAGUUGUGUAAAUAUCUAUAAUGCAUUGUAUUCUUUAAUUUUGAUUUUAAGAAAACCCAAAGUUGUACGUUUUUAUUUGGCUAUCACACACAAGAAUAUAUUUUACUUUGGGGACUAGGACAUUACUAUAACAUGUAAUAUAGUAGAAAUAAAUUUUACCAAAUAAUAACGAUAGCUUGCACUAGGUAAUGUAGCAUUGAGCACAUGCCACAGACUGGUCCAUGUGCUUUACAGACACUAACUUGCUGACACUGCACUUUACUCCAGUAGGUUCUCCCCUGUUUGAACAUGGGCAGGCCAGCUUUGAACCUCUUUAAUGCUAUGGAUGUGGAAACUCCUAACACAGACUUAAACCCUCUUUGUUGUCCCUGGCAUCACACCCAUUUUCCUUCUUCCCAGUCUUUGCCAGUGUUGCUUCCCCAGUAAGCCCCCCUGAGGCACCCCUUACCCUUCCUGUCUGUAGCUCAGUCCCAGUGGUCUCCAGACAUUCUGCACCUAAAACUGGUAUAGGGAACUGAGAGGAAGGAGGACACAUAACUGAGGGUCACAUUGUCCCUACAUUGCUAUUCUCAGGGGAUGGCAGAAUAGAAGAGCUAUAGGAACAGAGAAAGGGAAGGCAGCUUAAAACUCACUCGAGGAACUCAUCCUCGAUGUUCCACUCCCCAAGGUUUACAUUUGGAGGAGAUGCUUGCCCGACUUCCCUGUUUCUGUGAGUGCUUCUCACUAAGGGUUUGUGGCUGUGGUUCUUUGCUCUUUUGCACAUUGAUAGAGCAGCAAUAGGUGGUAAUCUUCACCUUGGAAAGUCUUCAGUAGCAGGGAGCCAUUACCGGGGUCAUGAAGUAGGCCAGAGAUACUUGAGGCCCCCUAGAUAAGUUUUGCUAUAGGGUAGCACUGUAGGGGCCAGGAUAGCUCCUGUUACUCAGUGCCCAUAGGCUCAGCCCUUCUUCUCAGACUUGGUCUUCUUCAUAUGUCCCUUACUUGACAUCCAUCCUUCUGACCUAAGCUAGCUCCUGUUCAAUCAUCUUACCAGGCACCCUCUUGCAUCACUAGGACCCCCUCCCUCCAUGUUCCUCUUCUACCCCUACCCCCAGCCCCUUGUUGCUCCUGUUUCAGGCAGGGAGGCAAAGUUUUGCUUUGUAGCUUAGACUGACUUAGAACUAACUAUGUGGCUCAGGUUGGUCCUGAACUCAUGAUCUUCCUGCCUCAGCAACCUGUAAUGCUGAGACUACAGCCUGGUACCAGUGAUGUCCUUACUAGGGCAGUUUUUGUUUUCCAGUGGGCGAUGUCUCUUUAGUUCCUAUGUGGGCAGUUGUCACAGGCACUAAAAUUGACUUCUGAACCCAUCUUUAGUUAGAUAUAAGAUGACUGAGCUGAGCUAAUAGAGGUAGGAAGAUUACCCUGGCCUACAUGACUGAGACCCCAUCUCACCUGCCCCUGCCCCUCCCCCAAAGAAGACCUGGAUGAUACAGAGGUAAUAUCAGAAUUUCUCAAUCUGCUCUUUUUGAAAAUUUUAUUAAUUUUUUAUUGUGUUACGGUGUCUAUGUGUGUAUUUUCUUGGGCAUUCGAGUGCAAGUCAGUACAACAGCUUUGGGGUAUUGGUUUUUUUUUCCUUUUACCAGUUGGACCUCAGAGAUUGAACUCAGGUCUGUCAGGUUCGGUGGCAAACACCUUUACUUUACACUCUCAGCUUUGUGCUUGUGUUAAAAGUUUUUAUUUUAUAUUUAAAAUUGUUUAUUUUGUAUGUAUGGGCAUCUUGCCUGCAUUACAUCUGUGCAGCAUGUGUGUGCCUGGUGGCUGUAGAGGCCAGAAGAUGGUGUGUGUCAAGGAUCAAACUUAGGUCAGCUGACCCAGAAACGAGAGCCAUCGCCUGCCCACUCUACACUCCUGUAGAGUUAUUCCAAGAUGGCCUGAAGUUCCAGAUUCUUCAGUGGAACACCUGGUAGAGCGAAGGGUCAAGGGAAGUAGGUAGAAAGACAAAGGAGACUACUGACAAUCAGGAGGGGAGUGGGGCUUUAUCCUUAGCCAGCAAAGCAUUUUAAGUCACCGAGAGACAUGGUUAGUCUUCAUUUUAUAGCAGUCACUGGCGGUGAUGUGGAUGACUAGGAAGGGUAAGAGCGGAGGCACGGAGGCCAUUUUGAAAUCAUUUCUUGCAGUGAGUUGGGCAGACAGUGAGAGCAGCUGCAGUGGCAGCUUGGGAGAGGAGAACAGUCCAUGCAUACCUGGCACAGUUCCUGAGGGACUCAUUUGUUGGUCUUAACUUGUUCUGGAAUGGCCUAUCUACCUUUGACAUUUUUUUGCUAUGAUCACAGAUGACCUUUAUGGGACUUCAUGGCUAAGUGUUAGGCUUCAUUAUUCACAACCCAGUGAGGUAGACAUAGAACACCAUGUUAGGACAUCCCUGCCCUAUGGCCUGGAAGAUACAUUCUCUUAGUCUCUAGUCUGUCCAGUUUGGACAGAUGUGGACAGAAGUGAUUAUCCUACCUACUUCUCUAGCUCUUUUUCUUUGCCAGAGGAUAAGAACUAAAAUUCAGAUCUAAGAUUUCAGUUAAAAAAAAAAUUAAAGUAUUUUGAGACAAGAUAGUCCUGGCAGGUCUAGUCCUCACCAGGUAGAUUGGGUUAGCUGUGAAGUUGGAUCAGUCCUCCUGUCUCCACCUAUGGAAGGCUUAGAUUAUAAGACUAUGCUGCCAUGUUGGGCCAGAUUUUAUAUAUUAUCAUACAAAUGUGCUUUUAUCACUACGCUAAGAUAUAUUAGCACAGUGGUUCUCAACCUGAGGGUCAGGACCCCUUUGGAGGUAGAAUGACCAUUUCUCACACAUCACAUAUCAGAUACUUACAUCACAAGUCAUAACAGUAACAAAACUAGUUUCGAAGUAGCAACAAAAUAAUAUUAUGGUCUGGAGUCAUCCUAACACGAGGAGCUAUAUUAAAGGGUCACAGUAUUAGGAAGGUUGUGACCACUGCAUUAGCAGUAUUUUCCCUUGGUGGGAAAGGACACCCCUCAGCCCCUGCCACUAUGGAAAAUAAUGUUUAGAAAAUGAAAUAAAAUGGGAAAGAGCUCAAAGUUUCAAAAACAGCUAGCAAGUACUAUUAAUGCAAUUCAUUCAUCUAUCCAUUCAUUCAUUUAUGAGUGAUUCUGAGGCAGUGUCUCACUGUGUAGUCCUGUCUGUCCUGGAACUCACUCUGUAGACCAGGUGGGCCUCAAACUCACAGAGACCCACCUGGCUCUGCUUCCCAAGUGCUGAGGUUAAAGUCAUGCACCAACAAACCUGGCAAUGUUUUAGAUUUUAAGCAAUUUUUAUGGUCAUAGGGAUAAGAACGUACUUAUUAACUUUUUCAUCAUGGGGGGGGUUAUGUAUCAUGCUUUUAUUCUGCCUACUUUUGGCAUUACAGACAUUUCUGAAUGUAUUUAAAAUGGAUGUUUAAUGAACUAGAACCUCUUAUGCAUAUGCCACAGUUAUCUGGAAUUUAUGAUCUGUGCUGAGCCUCUCCACUGUUCUGAGUACUGGAUGAAUGAUGUUGGCACUUGGAAAAAGACAUGUGUUUAACUCUUUGUAGUUACCAUGUGUUUGUGGUUUAGAGUUCCUGAGAGCCUGUGGAACACUUCUGUGUUCCUUGGCGCUAAUCACUUAGCUCACUUAGGAUGUGCUGUUAAGCCUUACUGAAAUAAAGACUUGUGUCUGUUCUCAGGAAUUCUAGGACAGCAGUCAUCACUUUGGUUUUCUUCUUGUGUUCUCAGCUACGUUAAUGAAAAUCGUAUUUUGAAUUAGCAAAUAUUAUUGAUUCACUGUAUUUGAUAGAGUAGAUAGGAAGUUGUGUACUUCUGUGUUGCUAGUUGCAGUUCCUCUGUGAGACUGUUUCACUGUAAUAGCUCAAACUUUUGAAACUUACAGUACCUUUUCCUUUUAGAUGACUUCAUUUAUUUGAAUAAGCCAAUUAUGUUUGUAAGUUAUAUUAAUUAAAAAUAAAAGUUCAUAUAAUCAAAUCUGCUUUUAUUAUUUAUUUAAUUUAUAAAUAUUAUUCUCUACAUGGAAAGAAAGAUUGGGUUGUAACUUAUAAAGAAGAAUGUGUUGGGCUGGGGAUUUAGCUCAGUGGUAGAGCGCUUACCUAGGAAGCACAAGGCCCUGGAUUCGGUCCCCAGCUCCGAAAAAAAAAAAAAAAAAGAAGAA